AUGGCCAAAUAUCAUCAGUCGUUCAGUACCAUUGACGAAGCUGACAUCUUUGCCGAAGCUGACACCUCUGAACGCUCGGUUCCUCCAGAGUCCAGAAUACAGAAACCCGUGACAUCCAACGAAACGAUCGCACACUUUGAGGUUCACGGUCAUCAGCCAUUUGCAUCAUCGACCUUCGGGAAUAACGAUGAAAUUCGCAUUUCCGUUCAAAAUCAGAACGAGUGCGUGCUACCAGAAAAAAUCUCCCUGCACAUUCACGGGAAAGUUACAAAAGAAGAUUAUUCCAUGGUAGCCACUACAAAAUUGGUCAACAUGGCUGUUUGCCAAAUGUUUGAGGAAAUACGUUACGAGUUGAACGGUGUGGAAAUUGAUCGAAAUAAAAGUGUGGGCAUCACCAGCAUCAUGAAGGGAUACUUAUCUCUCACCCCAGGGCAACAGCAUGGCUUGGAGAACACCGGUCGGCUGAGCGUCGCCGAUAUCAACCUGGCCGAUGACGCAGGAAAUUUUGAUAUCUUUAUACCGCUGCGUCAUCUGCUGGGAUUCGCCGAGGAUUAUCGCCGAUUCGUCGUUAACGCUAAACAUCAGACUAAGGACUCGGCCAUUCCCAUGAGUUUUUGUUCUCGGGAAACGUACGUGUAUCCGAUGCUGCCGUCAACGACGCGGCAUGUCUGGGCGGUCAAGACAUCGACGCAGCUGGAGAAGCCUAGAUACGUCAUAAUGGGAUUCCAAACUGCAAGGAAAAACGAAGCAUUGAAAAAUGCCAACGAAUUCGAUCAUUGUAGAAUAAGAGAUGUGAAACUCUUCCUCAACUCACAGUGUUACCCAUAUGGAAAUUUAAACCUAGAUAUUUCCAAUAAUCAAUACGUCAUUCUGUACGAUAUGUAUGUCCAGUUUCAAACAUUCUACUGCAACAAGGAAGCCGAACCUCUGCUCUCGAAAAGUGAAUUUAUAAACCGCGCGCCCCUGAUCGUCAUCGAUUGCUCGAAACAAAAUGAAUCGUUGAAAACCGGACCGGUGGACAUCCGGCUGGAAUUUAAAGCAAGCGUAGAAUUUCCCCAAAACACCGCAGCCUACUGUAUGAUCUUGCACGAUCGAGUCGUUGAGUACAGUCCGAUUAGUGGUACGGUGAAGAAAUUAGUAUAA